CUCUCUCUCUCUCUCGAUCGACUCCCAACUUCUUCUUUCAACUUGUUUAGAAUCUCUCUUCUUGUUUCAAUGGAAGGCACUCUGGGUUUACUUGGAGGUGGGUCUUCUGGGUGCUGUACAAAUGAGUCAGCAAUGUCAAAGGUGGAUCAUCAGGUGGUGGAGCACAUGUCCUCUGAGGUGUCUUCAUACCCAGCUGAGGCUGAGCUUGAGCUUGGCCUGGGCCUGAGCCUUGGCACUGGUAGUGGUGGUGGUUCUGCACAGAAGCCUAAAGGCUGUGCUUGGGGUGAGCGUGGAAGAAUCUUGACCGCUAAAGACUUCCCUUCCAUGGUGUCUCAUGGGUCUGCAAGAUUCUCACAGAGAGCAAAUAAUGCUUCUUCUGUUUCUGGAAAUAAGAGGGCUGCUGAAGAGGGUGGAUCUCCUACUGCUGUAAGUCAAGUUGUGGGAUGGCCACCUAUAAGUGCUGCAAGGAUGAACAGCUUGGUUAACCAGGCAAAGGCUGCAAGGUCUGAAGAUGACAAGACAGAUGGGGACAAAUCUAAGGACACUUUUAAGAAGAAAAUCAACACUGGUAAUAACAAGUCAACUGUGAAAGAAAAAGGUCAUCUGGGAUUUGUGAAGGUCAACAUGGAUGGGAUUCCUAUAGGGAGGAAAGUGGAUUUAAAUGCUCACACUUGCUAUGAGACUUUAGCCCAAACACUUGAGGAAAUGUUCUUCAGCACCACUUCAAAUGUCAAUUCAAUUGCUGGAGACAAGGAACAAGCAACAAAACCCUCAAGGCUUCUGGAUGGAUCCUCUGAGUUUGUGCUCACUUAUGAAGAUAAAGAGGGUGAUUGGAUGCUUGUUGGAGAUGUCCCUUGGAGGAUGUUCCACACCUCAGUUAAAAGGCUUCGAAUCAUGAGGACCUCUGAGGCCAAUGGACUUGCUCCAAGAUUUCAAGAAAGGGGUGAGAGACUAAGAAACAAACCUAUCUAAGACACAACUAUUUUUACAGUCUGGUACAACAACGGAAACCUAGAGUUUGACAACAACAGAAGGAAGCAAAAUCUGAUGAGACAGGAGUGCUGAGAAAGAUUGGCUUCCACUGGCUUUGUUUGCUUUUCUUUCACAACCAUCCUCUGGUUCAUGCUGGUUUUUGGUUAGGCGAUAUUUUUUUUCUUUUUACAGCUUCUUACAUAGUGCUAGCAUACAGGCCCUGCAUACUCGGCUAAUGCUGCUUUCUCAUACUGUAAAUAUGGGAGCACUUCAUAUCUAGAGUGUUUUGCUGCAAAAUCUAGUGGACUCGUUUUUCUUGAUGAUAGAAGAAAAGCUUGUGUGGUUUUUUUUAUUUAUUAAUUAUUUAUUUGGUUU